AUGGAAUCAUCCAAUCAUUCAGAAGAAAAUUCUCCACUCCUCACCCAGGAUGAGUUUGAAAGAAAUAUGAAAGCAUUUCAACUCUUGGCUGGAACAAUCGAAACCAAACACAAACCAAGUGUAAUCACCAGAUCAAGAAGCAAAAUGAAGGAAGAAUUGAAUAUAAAAACAAGCGAUUCACAAGACAAACUCAAGAGAAGCAAUGAAGAUCAUGAUUCGAAAAUUUGUAAGAAGCAAAUGAAGAAGAAACGAAAACGAAACGAAUUGAAAAAGAAAAUGAAGUUGGCAAGAAAUAUCAUAUCCUUUUAUACGUUUAAAGAAUUUCUUUCCAAUCAAUUAGAAGAAGAACAAGACAACACACCAGAGAAGAAUCAAGUGAUUUUCAAUGAAGAUGCCAUUAAAAUAUUUCAUGAUGGAAUCUUGGAAGUCAUGUUAAAAUAUUUGGAGAAUGUGAAAGAAACAAUGGAGGCCAACACAAUUGGAAAGGCCUUAAAAUUGGAGGCAGGAAGAUUAUUGGGUGAAUAA